UUCAAGCUUGAACUUUUCUUAACCAUGACCGACCCGUCCUUUCCCGCUCCCUCCCCUCCACCAGAUAUAUACACCCUCUUCCCAGGCCGAAAAUCUCAGAUCGAUGCUCUUCUUCCUAUCCUCACCCAUCCAACCCUUCCCGCCCCACCGACAAUCUUUCUCAGCGGCCUCCCUGGAACAGGAAAAACAACUCUCCUAAAAUGCGUCCUCAAGGACGUUUCAAAUAUGGCGUGGGUGAAUUGCGUGGAACGGUUCACGGAGCGAUUGGUGUUUGAGGGUAUAUUGCGGGAUUGGGGAGUUGGUAGACGCUGUGAUGGUAUUGCAGAGUUUGUUGGGGUUGUAAAGGAGAUGGAGACUGAGGAGAAGAGGAUUUUGGUAUUUGACAAGGCGGAACGAUUGCGUGAUAUGUCAUCAACACUCCUCCCAGCUCUCAUGCGACUCCCCGAACUCGUUCGAUUUCCGUUAACCAUUAUCCUCAUAACACACCUCACCUGGCCCGAUUUCCGUUCCCGCAUUGGAUCUCUCGACCCAUCCUACACUGUCCAUUUCCCAUCGUACACUAAAUCCGAAACACUGGCCAUACUCGCAAAAGACUGUCCACCGACAGAAGAUGUCCAAUUCUUUGUCUCGUUUGUCGAGAUUCUUUAUGAAGUGUUUUCAAAGCCUUGUAGGGAUGUACGUGAGCUGCGGUACUUGGUUGCAUUAUGGUUUCCAAAGUAUGUUGAGCCGGUUUUGAAUGGCAAAGUAACCCGACAGCAAACCAGCAAACUCUUUGGAUUCAUCCAACCGCAUAUCAAAAACGCACUUCACAGCGUGUAUCUCCGAGACGUCUCCAGUCACGAAUACCAGAAAACCAGUGUCAAAUCCAACCACGUCUACGACGUGGAUUUACCCUACUAUACCAAAUUCCUCCUCAUUGCCGCAUUUUUGGCGUCCUAUAAUCCUCCUCGGUUAGAUGUUCGCUUCUUUUCAAAGGGUGAUGUGGGGAGUCGUAAGAAGAAGGGCGGGCGACGAGCGAGGGUAUCGAGUGAGGGUGGAAAGAUGCGUCAACAACUCCUUGGUCCAAAAGCCUUCCCCAUUGAACGCCUCCUCGCCAUAUUCUACAGCAUCCUCGAAAAUUCUCUAGAGAGCUCUAUCGAUAUUUACCAAGAGAUUGCAUCCCUCGUAUCACUACGACUUUUGGUGCGUGUUACGACCCCCGAUCGCUUGGAUGGCGUUAAAUGCAAGUGUAAUGUAGGAUUGGAGUUUGUGAAUGCUGUUGCAAAGAGUGUUAAAUUUGAUGUUGGGAAAUAUUUAUUUGAUUUUGUGUGAGUUGUGGAUUAGGACAUUUGUUUUGGGUGUAAUACCAUACACGAUGGGAUUUUGGUAUUCUUAUUAGAAAGUACGAAAAAAAGUUGACCUAUAUACAUAUUGAAUCCAAUCCCA